GCGAGGGCAUUCCACAAGAUGGCUUCGUUGUCCAGUAAACAUUGUUGAAGACCAGAAAAAUAAACGUCGAAAACUAUAGUUUUUUAAGCAAUAACAACAAAUCCAUGUUUUGCACGUCAACUACUUGGGUGACUUUUGAAAGUCCUCAUGAUGAUUGUAUAGCUAGCAAUGUUGGAUUGCCUCGUUUUCGAAUCCAUCCAGGCAUUUGUUGAUUAAUUGAUUUGUUGCUGAUCUGCUAUUUUACUUGAAUGAAGUUGCCUUGGAAAUACAACAAGCUCUAGUCGAAUAAUAAAUGAGUUGCCUAAGCUUCAAAGCUACGGCGUGGCGUCACUGAAUAAAAAAUGCCAACUAUCCAAGGUCUAGAUCCAGAGGAAUCUUUUUAUUCUGAUGAUUCAUUUUCUGAUCAAUCUGACGAGGAACUAAGAGUUGCAUCAAGAGAGUCUCAAGCCACGCCCCAGUCGGUGCGCCCUAAGAGUGCAUCGAGGGGUACACCAAGGAAGGGUGGGGUCAGAAAACCACCAUCACCGUAUCAGAAUCGGCCAUCUUCAGCCAAGAAGACUGGAAAGAGCGUAACUCUCGCAUCCACAGCACCUCAGAAGUCAUCCAGGGAGCUUUGGCUGCAAAGCUUACGUCUUGGUACUGGGAGUUUAACAGGGAGUGGUCGGAGCAGUAAUUACACUGGUAAAGCAGGGACACCUAAUCCAGGUUUGAAUAGUUGCAGUGACUACCUCAGAGAGACGGUACUAGGGAUGUCAUCUAAGAAGCAUUACAGAGGUAGUACGAUGGACGAACCCAUGAAUAGAAAUCAGAAAGGUGUUCCAAGCUACAAGGCAAAAGAAGACAUGUACGAUGAUAUACUGGAGUUAAAAAAGCAAAAUAAUGUCUUAAAGACGGAGAAUGAGCGAGUGAAAGCAAGGAAUCGUCGCCUUGAAGAUGAACAUCUUAAGAAAGAGAGGACUAUAGAGCAACUUCUGGAUCCAACCAAGGGUGAUGUAAGGAUGACACUGACCAGUAAACAGCCUGACACUGCCAAAAUGAACAGCCUUAAGCAGAAAGUAGUCAAACUAGAGAUGGUCCUGAAAGACAGAGAGACUGAACUAAGUAACCUAAAGGGAGAUCUAAAAACUACAAAGAUUGAUGAGAUGAGAGUUGGUAUGGAAGCGUUCUAUCAAGAGGUGCAACGAUUAAGAUAUUUGCAGUCACAAGGAAUUAAAGAGAAUGGCAGAUCUCCCUCCAGACCCAACACAGCAGACAAAGACACCAACAAUGUCGCUAAGCUGAAAGCGUUAAACGCCACCAUCUUACGUCUCACAGAGAGCAAUCAGAGGCUACAGAGUGAAAAUAAACUACUUAAACAAGACCUAGAGAGGGCGCUAGAUGAGGCAAUGUCCGAUAUGGGAGAAACACCUCGGGCUAAGAAGAGAAGGGAUAGAAAGAGAGAUUAUGAAGAUAUGAAUAGGAAAGAGUUGCUAACUGCUGUUCUGGACUUUGAGGAUAAAAUCAGCAAACUGGAAGGGAAGACAUCUAGUUCUUCAUUACGGCGAUCUGAUAUGCCAGAGAAGAUUGAGCUGAACGGUAGCUUGGCCGAUCGUUUGGAUCAGCUAGAUAAACGAGAGACGGAACUCCUUGUAGAGAAAGCUAAGACAGAGAAAGAUUGCAAGAGACUGAAGGAUGAGAAAUCUAAGCUGAGACAGAGGGUGGAUGAGCUUGAAGAUGAAGUCCGCACCUUAAAGAAAGAUCUUUCUGAAUCCAGAGUGAAAGACAAAGAUCACCGACGUUCCCUUCAACGUCAGUCAAGUUCAGAGUCUCUUCAUCGAAGCAAUGCUUCACGUACCAGCAGUGUACGGUCCUUAAAACGGCGUCAGCAACAAGAAGAAGAAGAAUGGCUGAGAGAAAGAGAUCGGAAAGUUGAGGAAUUUAAAAAGAAUCGCUCGGCUAGGAAUAUUCAGAAGAACUGGAAAAAACAUCAAGAAAAGAAGUUCACUGAUGAUGAAGACAUGGAUGAUGCGGCUGUAAUGAUCCAGUCAGCUGUGAGAGGUCACAUGGGUCGUAAAGAGCAGAUGAGAAGGCAAGGCCGGGACAGUCGGGGCUCAAGUAGGAGGUCAAGUCGUAGAAGUGUCUACAGCGACAAUGAUGAUAGUGAUAUGGACGAUGCAGCGCUAACUAUUCAAUCAGCGGUCAGGGGUCACAUGUCUCGGAAGGACUACAUGAAGAAAUCUAGUGAAGAUGACUCAGCGUCUGAACGAGAAGGAUGGCAGUCAUCAAGAUCACGUUCAGGGUCAAGACACAGUAAAUACAACGGCAAUACAUCUUCAAGACCUAUAUCCGAGAUUGAAGAAGACAUUGUAGACUCUGAUGAUGAUAGUAUUGUGAUUGGAGGUAGUACUGCUAACCUUAGAAUGUCAUCGAGUCAUGGUUCCAGACCAACAUCAGGAAGAAGAGAUCGAGAGAGUCCUUUGAUGAAGUUGGGAAGUCGUGGAUCAGUAAAAAGUAGCAGAGCAAGUACACCAAGACGGCGGACAGUCUUAGAUGAUGAUGAUGAUGAUGAUGAUGAUGAUUUUCUUGUUGUUGGGUAAAGGUUCACAUCUAAGCUAUUUACAGUUAAAUGGUUACUUCUAAACUAUUUGCAUAAAGGCUUACAUCUAAACAGCUUACAUCUAAACUGGUUAUAGAGUUAAAGGUUUAAAGAUCUAAAUAAUUUAACAAUUAAGGAUUUUCUCUGAACUGUUUACAGUUAAAGGUUUAAACAGUUUAACAACUAAGGGGUUUCUCCUAACUGUUUACAGUUAAAUACUUAUAUCUAAACUGUUAACAGUUAAAUGGUUACAUCUUAACUGUUUAUAGUUAAAUGUUUACAUCUUGUUUUAUUAGGAAGGGAAAUCAGUAGGUAUUACGGGAUUGUGUUCAACUUUUGUUUGUUGUGAAAUAUUUUAUGCUUUAUACAGUGGUAUUGUUAGAUGACCGGUUCAUGUUAUCGGGGGAGGAGGAAUUUCUUUGUUCACUAGGGACUUUCGUCUUCUUCCAUUACAUCUUCGUUCGUGUACUUCCAGUUGACUGAUGUUGUUACACUUUUAUUUAUUUUUCCAUUUUAUUUUUUCAUGUGUGUUUUGUUUUCAUUUGACUUUAGACUCGGCUAAGAUGGAAUUGUCAGUCCAUUAACUAUUUGUUGCAUUCUUUUAUCUCAUCAGGAGACUUAAGAAAGUGCUGAAAUAUUAAUAACAUUUCUUAGUUUGUUCCUGCUUCUCAAAGCCCUCAUGAUUUUCAUAAUACAUAUGACUUUUUAGAAUAGUGCCAAAACUCGCUGACAUUUUUCCGUUAUUUGAACUAACAGAAUUUCAGCUGAUCAUAAUACAUUAAAUUUAAAUUUUCUGUUAUAGAAACUAUUUUAUUUUAUUAUACAUGUUUCUGAACACAGUGCAAAUAGUAUUCAUAAAUAUUGUGUAAAUAAGUUUUAAAUUGUCCUUUACCGAUGGUGUGAAGAAGCUGGCGUCCAAGCAUAAUGCAAUUAUUCUACAGAAUAAAUCUGAAAAAUCUGAAAUUUAUUUCAUCUGUGAUGAAAUAAAUAAAUUAAAUUGAACUGAUUGAAUUGAAAGAAUGGCUAAAACUAUUGUGGGAUAAUAAAACCAACCCAAACAAAUAGUUUAAUAUUAAAAUAAUUCUAAAAAUAUCAAUAUAAAAUGGUGUUUUUUCUAUUAAAUGUCUGGUUUUCAGAGAUUUUAGAAUGUGUCCAGUUAAUUAAAUGUGUAUUACUAUUCAGCUCAAGCAGUAGAAACAGCUAGUAAGGCCAUCUUACGGAUGUACAAGGUAUUCUAGGUUCUGAACUAUUUGUAUAUUUUUGCAUAAAGUUUGUGUAUUUGUGAAAAUGUUCGGUUUGAAUAGAUGACUAGGAUUUUUAAAUUUAAGAUUUUUUGGGGUAGCUGUGGUUUAAGAAUGUGCCUUCUUUAAUUAUGAAAUUAAGAAUGACUUUUGACGAUCUGAUUUUUGUAUUGAAUUAUUGAAAUUUAGCCAAUUGUACAUAAUGUAGAACGUCGCUAACGGGUUAGAGGUAACUGUUUUCAAAUCGUGAAAUGAUUCUUGUUUAUCUUUAACUCUUUCUGUGCCGAGGUGGACCAUAUACGACCCAUAAUACACAGUGCAUCAUGAGAGGGUAUUAUCACUCAAGAAAUACUCUUGACUUUAGGAUGUACCAAGGCAACACAGAUUAGCAAGAUACAAUUUUGUUUAGUGAAAGGCUAAUUUAUUUUUUUAUAAAAUGUCAUACACUCUAACCAAUCUGGGCAUUUUAGGUUAAAAAUGCAAAAGGAAAACUGGCUCUGAAAGAGUUAAAAUAAAUUAAGUUUAAGACUCUCAAGACCUAGGGGUGUGUUGGUGUUCUUGCUAGAAAUAACUUCAAAGAUCUCAGUCAAGACGGAUACCUAACUGGACUAGGAAAUUAAUGUUCUUGACUCAUACCCCAAUCUUGGUCUCAAAUUUCAGGUCUUACUCUCAGACAGUGGGGUUUUAAGACACUGGACACUAUUGGUAAUUGUCAAAGACUAGUCUUCUCACUUGGUGUAUCUCAACAUAUGUUGUGAAACAAUUAUUUUUCAUUGUUGUAAUAAUUUCUUGUGACUGCUGUUUGAUAUUGGUUUGUUUUGUCUUUUGAUACUGUGGAAAUAAAAUGAACCUUGAAACUUGAACCUUGAACAUAUGCA